CGAUUCCUUCAGCUCGACAGCACGUCUACAUUCAGUGCAUGGGUCGCCAAAAAUUCUUCUCACCAUGGCGUUCCAGUCUUUCCUCUACGUGACCUCUAUACUGCUGGCAGCAUGGAGUGUCCUCGUUUCUGCAGAGGACUCGGACAUCAAGUCCAUACCGCUGCGGACGCAUAGCCUCCAGAUACCAUUCCUCGACUCUGAUAUGCAAUCGCGAUGGUGGGAUUUCGGCGGCUCAACAGUAAUACGAGUAGACCAAUACAUUCGACUCACGGGCCAACAUCCUUCGCAAGCGGGCUGGAUCUACAGCAGAGUCCCUCUCACUGCAACGAAUUGGGAAGUCGAGUUCGAAUUCAGAAUAUCAGGCACGGGCAGUCUAUUUGGAGAUGGAUUUGCGAUGUGGGUCACGAAAGAGCGAGCAGAGCAGGGGACGGUGUUUGGUAUGAAGGAUCGGUUCGAGGGUCUUGCUAUCUUCUUCGACACAUACAAGAACAACCGGCCCGGCGUGGUGUUUCCCUACGUGAUGGCUAUGGUUGGAGACGGCCAGACGGCGUACGAUCAGCAAAAUGAUGGAAAGGCGAAUGAGUUGGCAGGAUGCUCUGCGCGGGGCCUGCGCAACUCGGAGGUGCCUACAAAAGCCAAGGUCACAUACUUUCAGGACAAAUCACUGGUCGUGGAUCUCAUGUACAAGGAGGAGAAUGAGUGGACGAGAUGCUUCGAGGUUGGCAGCGUAAAGCUUCCAACGGUGACAUAUCUGGGCUUUAGCGCGGAGACUGGAGAGCUCUCGGACAACCACGACAUCGUGACCGUAUCGACGAAGAACUUGUACUCGCCAACCGGUCAGAGCGGAGCAGCGGGCAGCAAGGAGUCAAGUCGGAACAAGGGUAAGCCCGGCAGGCUAUCAACGCCGUCAGGAGAAGGCGGUGGUUGGGGCUGGUUCUUCUUCAAGUUCAUCAUUUUCGGACUGGUGGUGACGGGAGCGUACGUGGGCUUCACUGUGUACCGUGCGAGACAGCGAGACAGAUUUUGAUGGAAAGCUUGUCUCGCUGGUAUUCGACGUAUGUAGAUCUUGAAAGUACAGCAUUAGCAAGCAAG